UCUCACAUGAAAAGUUAUCGCAAGAAGCAACUACAGAUCCUGAAGGCAGAGAAAGCACUGGCCUUUGACUCCACUGAAAGGGCUGAGUCAGGUUAUUUAUCCAGAUCUAAGCAGAGUAGAAGCUAUUUCCUAAAGAUAGUUAAUUAUGGACAAAAAGAAGAAUUUACAAGAGUCUUUAACAAAAACUUUAACUAUUACAUCAACAAAAACAGCACCACCAAGAGCAAAUUAAAUCUAAUAGUUUUUAUUAGGAGAAAGACAACUUUAUUGGAUCAGAGAACACUUGCAGAUAAAUUUACUUCCUUUAAGCCGGAAAGACUGCAAAUCAGAAAGCUAUCAUAUUUUAAAGGCAAAUUCUUUGACAUUAAGUGACUCUUUCCUCCGAUUAUCAGAGUAGUUCAAAAAAGUGUAAAAAAAUUGAGUAUGAAUAGACUUUCUUUUACAUCAAAUCAACUCUCAGUUCUGUUUGCCAAUAUCUCACAAUGACAAUCUGUGGACUUGGAAGACUGUAUGCUCGAUACCUUUAAAAUAAAGCAUAGGCAAAAGGAGAAAUAUUGCCUCAAGUCGCUACGUGUUUUCUCUUGCAUUGAUAAAAAAGAAGAUGAAAUUUUACAAACCCAUGAGAUAUUUUAUUUGGUUCUUAAGUGGAUGUCAUAUCCCAAACUCUUAAAGAAGCUUGAAGAGUUCACUUACAGUGGCAAGGAAUGUGAAGUUUUAGAUCUAUUCGUUUCAAACAUGAAAGAUGAUUUAGGAAUUUGAGAUAUCAAAUUUAAUCUCGAGUAUAAAUUUGCUGAGUAUUAAUCAAGCUCUUAAAUGACCUAUC